UGGCGCCGUCAUAGCCAUGUUUGUGGCGUUCCAUGUUGUGUAACCGCGGCGUGGUGUUGUGUUUCAGGGCGGUAGCGGCGUAUCUGCGGGCUCUCAACCUCAGCCCCAACAAUGCCGUCGUCCACGGGAACCUGGCCUGCGUCUACUACGAGCAAGGGCUUAUCGACCUGGCCAUCGACACGUACCGGCGGGCCAUCGAGCUGCAGCCCAACUUCCCCGACGCGUACUGCAACCUGGCCAACGCCCUCAAGGAGAAGGGUCGCGUGGGCGAGGCGGAGGAAUGCUACAACACGGCGCUGCGCCUCAGCCCGACGCACGCCGACUCGCUCAACAACCUGGCCAACAUCAAGCGCGAGCAGGGCUACAUCGAGGAGGCGACGCGCCUCUACCUCAAGGCGCUCGAGGUGUUCCCCGAGUUCGCGGCCGCCCACUCCAACCUGGCGUCGGUGCUGCAGCAGCAGGGCAAGCUGAACGAGGCCCUCAUGCACUACAAGGAGGCCAUCCGCAUCCAGCCGACGUUCGCGGACGCCUACAGCAACAUGGGCAACACGCUCAAGGAGAUGCAGGACAUCCAGGGCGCCCUGCAGUGCUACACGCGCGCCAUCCAGAUCAACCCCGCCUUCGCGGACGCGCACAGCAACCUUGCCUCGAUUCACAAGGACUCUGGAAACAUCCCGGAGGCUAUCCAGUCCUACCGCACUGCUCUGAAACUGAAGCCUGACUUCCCUGAUGCUUACUGCAACCUGGCGCACUGCCUGCAAAUUGUCUGCGACUGGACCGACUACGAGGCUCGUAUGAAGAAGCUGGUUAGCAUCGUGGCCGAGCAGCUUGAGAAGAACCGCCUGCCGUCUGUGCACCCGCACCACUCCAUGCUGUACCCUCUCAGCCAUGACUUCCGCAAAGCUAUCGCGGCUCGUCAUGCCAACCUGUGUCUUGAGAAGAUUCACGUCCUGCACAAGCCUCCGUACAAGUACCCCAAGGAGCUGAACGGACGCCUUCGCGUUGGCUACGUGUCAUCUGAUUUCGGCAACCACCCGACAUCCCAUCUGAUGCAGUCCAUCCCUGGCAUGCACGACAGAGCUCAUGUGGAAGUCUUCUGCUACGCCAUUAGCCCAGAUGAUGGCACAACAUUCCGUUCUAAGAUUGCUCGGGAAGCUGAGCACUUCAUUGACCUCUCACAAAUUCCAUGCAAUGGAAAAGCAGCUGAUCGUAUUCAUGCUGAUGGAAUUCAUAUUCUGGUCAACAUGAAUGGGUACACUAAAGGUGCAAGGAAUGAAAUCUUUGCUUUGAGGCCUGCUCCCGUCCAGGUUAUGUGGCUAGGGUACCCAGGCACAUCAGGUGCUUCAUUCAUGGACUAUCUCAUCACUGAUGAAGUGACAUGCCCAGUGGAACUUGCUAGUCAGUACUCAGAAAAACUGGCAUUCAUGCCCCACACUUACUUUGUUGGGGACCACAAGCAAAUGUUCCCUCACCUCAAAGAGAGGAUGCUUCUUUCUGAAAAGCUGGGACCAAAGAAAGACGUGGCCGAUAAUGUAGCUGUUAUCAACGCUACAGAUCUAUCUCCAAUCUUGGAAAACACAAACGUCAAUGAAAUUCGUGAGUUGGUCCGCCCCGAGCAGGGUAAAGUACGAGAGAUCUCAUUCAAGGUGGCAGAGUUGCCCACUACAACUCCUAUUGAGACCAUGAUUGCCUCCGGUCAACAUCAGACUUCAGUAAAUGGAGUCGUCCUCCAGAAUGGUUUGGCAACACCUCAAGCCAACAACCGGGCAGCAACUGGUGAGGAAGUGCCCCAGAGCAUUGUGAUCACCACUCGCCAGCAGUAUGGACUGCCUGAUGACGCUAUUGUGUAUUGCAACUUCAAUCAGUUGUACAAAAUUGAUCCUUCCACUUUGCAAAUGUGGGUCCAUGUAAGUAUAUAGUUCUAUGUUGGUUUUAUU